CCCUGUGGGAAAAUUGAAAUUUGAAGACGUAUCUGUGUGCGUGUGAGUGCGGUGAAAGAUACAGAUACAGAUACAGAUACAAAGUCGAGUGUGCAACUGUAUCUACAUGUGUGGCGGCUGGAAAACCAUGCAGUUGAAGUGAAGUCUAUAAGAAACGAGGCACUUUUUUUGAGGAGCGAAAAGCAAGGAAAACCCAGGAAAAAGAUCGAGAACAUGGAGAGCUUGCAGGACAAUCUGGGAGGCCUGGAGAGAAGGAGCUCAACGUCAUCGGUGCCAGCGAAUCCUGCGAGUCCUGCGGAGGAAUGCGGCUGUGUGCGUCUGGGCAAAUGCAAAUGGUUCAAUGUGGCCAAAGGCUGGGGCUUCCUAACACCCAACGACGGCGGCCAGGAGGUGUUUGUACAUCAGAGUGUCAUCCAAAUGGCGGGCUUUCGAUCCCUGGGCGAGCAAGAGGAAGUGGAGUUCGAGUGUCAGCGCACAGCCCGUGGACUGGAGGCCACCAGGGUGUCCGGCAAGCAGGGCGGUAGCUGCCACGGCAGCACCUACAGGCCACGCAUCAACCGAAGGACUCGUCGCAUGCGCUGCUACAACUGCGGUGAAUUUGCCAAUCACAUUGCCUCCGAAUGCGCCUUGGGUCCACAGCCGAAACGCUGUCAUCGGUGCCGUGGCGAGGACCAUCUUCAUGCCGAUUGUCCGCAUCGGAAUGUGGCACAACUUCCCAGCAAUAGCGAGAAUACCAGCAGCACUGGAAGUCAGGGAAAGAGCGAGGCCACCGAGGCCUAGGAAAGUGAAGAAGGAGGACUCGAGAUCCUAGGUUGGUAGUUGGAAGUUACAAACUUCUUUGACAAGUACAAAAACGUAAAUCGACGACGAGAGACGCAUCAAAAAUCAAAGAAACCCACGUACAACAAAACUAGCUACUACGUUUAAGCGCAUUAGAUAUUAAACAAUUAAAAGGGGUGCAGAUGUAGGAUAAGGGAUAACGAUAGAAGGAAGGACUACGCCCCAACACUGCCUCCCCAAAUGUAAGUUAAGCUAAGCUCAGGCAUAUCCUUUUGGUCUUAAGUUACCCCCUAAGGCUUUUUAACUGGAGUACAAGUACAAGUAAAGGCAUUUUUGACUGCCAUAGCUUUCUCAUCCCUUGAACGAAGCUUAA